UUGCAUUCCUGGAGGUGGGUUUUGUAGACGCAAUCAGCAACUUGUAAGGAUACCAUCAAAAUGCCAGCAAAAAGAGACAAGGAGUUAGAGGUGCAGGCCCUUGACUGGAUCGAGGCCAACCUGGGGGAACCCGUCGACAGGAAAACCCCGUACGAGGAUGUCCUGAGAGACGGCAUCAUUCUGUGCAACUUGAUGAACAAACUGAUGCCCGGAUGCAUCAAGAAGAUCGACAAGAAAGGAGGCGGAUUUGCGCUCAUGCAGAACAUUGAGCGAUUCCAGGAAGCCGCUAAAAAGUAUGGCGUCCCUGUCAACGAGGUGUUCCAGACGGUGGACCUGUGGGAGAGGAAGAACAUCCCCCAGGUCACGCUCUGUAUUCACGCCCUGGGACGAGUCGCGCAGACUCGGCCAGACUACACCGGACCAGUGCUGGGACCAAAGAUGGCCGAGAAACAGAGUCGGGAGUUUACGGAAGAUCAGCUCAGGGAAGGGAGAAACGUAAUUUCCUUACAAUACGGAAGUAACAAGGGCGCAAGUCAGGCGGGACUGAACAUGGGAAAACAGCGAAUGAUCAACGACUGAAGGAUUAGGUCCGAGGGGCUCCGAAAGUCUCGUUGACAUUAUGAUUUCUUUUAAGUUUCAUUAGACGAUUUAUUUUAUGCGUAACAUAUCAUACAUGUUUUGUUUUCAUUUGUUUUAGAGUUUGAAUGAUUUGCCUUCGGUUUAUACAUUGUACGUAGGACUUGUAAUGAGAAGGAAUUAUAGAUGUAUUAGACUGAAAUAAUGUUUGUUGAACAUUGAGUUUCUUUUUAACGAUAUUCCUUAUCGAUGGUUUUUAUGAAGAGAAAUUAGUGACCACAAUAAAACACAUGAAGC